AUGGCUCACGGCACCGGCACCUUCAGGGCCCUCGCGUCCUUUUGCCACUUUAUGAUCUUUGCCUCGGCCGCCAUCGUCAUGGGCAUCAUCUCCUACUUCCUGAGCCAGUAUCCCUUCCGCGGCUCCCACGUCGUCUACCAGGAGGUCAUUUCCGUCAUCACCGUCGCCUUUUACAUGGUCGCCAUGAUCCUGCCGUGCUUCAAGAGCUACGAGGGCUACUUUUUGCCCCUCAACUUUUUCUUCUCGUACCUCUGGCUCACGUCCUUUAUCUUCUCCGUCAACGACUGGAGCGGCAAUCUGUGCCGCCGCGACAUUUACGGAGAGCCCGGCCUGGACGGAGAGAGGUGCUCGCUCAAGCGAACCGUCGAGUCGUUUAACUUUUUUGCCUUCUUCUUCCUCAUCUGCAACAUCAUCAUCGAGGCCUUCCUGUGGCGCGCCAGCCGCAAGGUUCGCCACGACGAGGAGCGCCAGCAGCACAGCUCGGCCAAGCUGACCAAGGAGCGCCCCGCGGCCGCCAACGUGUCCGGACACGGCGCCCCCACGGCCCCCCCGACAACGGCUCCCGCCGGCAACGUCGUGCCCGGGACCAACGGUGCGCCCGAGGCGACGGUUCAGGCCUAG